CACGUUCGGGUCCUCACGAAGCAACAUAUGAUGCAAUACUCGAUCAACCGCUCCCUGUUGGUGCUGCUGUUCUUAGCGGCCGUGUUGGUGGGAGCUGAAGACCACCAUCAUGGCGGCGGGAGCGGAGGAGCCACAGCUCGUUUCCUGUCUCCCCAUCACAUUGGGGCGGCCGUCAGUGGCCUCCUCUUCGGACACGGAGGACACGGAGGACAUUAUGGCCAUGGAGGACAUAAUGGUCACGGUGGCUUCAUUAAACCAUACGGUGGAUUUGGACAUCAUCAUGGACAUCAUCACGGUCAUCAUCUUGGUUAUGGGCAUCAUGGUGGUUUCGGACACGGAGGAUUUGGCCACGGUGGUUUUGGCCAUGGUGGUUUUGGUCAUGGGGGAUUUGGAUAUGGUGGACCUUACUUUGGAUAAAUUGCAUGGGCUUCGUGCAGAACAGUAAUAAAAAUCAGUAGAUAAAAUAAGUAUUUAUUUUGCAUUAGGCAAUUGACUAAAUAAUGUUAGAUAUACGAAACAUCAGGUACUUAACAAGUAAAUUUACAAAUGAAUUAUAAAUAUUGAGUUCCAUAAUUAGAAAUUUUAACCGAAAUACCUUAUUUAAUUUUGCUGAAGUGUCAAUGUUGACUUCAGAUCGCGUAAUAAAUUCUGCGACCUCAUUUAGAAUUUUACUGAUAAAAGUUACGGCCGAAUUACAUGUUGAAUUGCAUUGGUAUUUUCAACUAUGUUAGUAUAAGGCAUUUGUGAACUAUAAAUAAUUUGAAACGUAGAAAGCCAAAGCAAUUUCUUACUUUAUAAGCCUAUUUCUUACCAAUAUUUAUGAAAUAAAUAAUAAAUAGAGUCUUUAUAAUUACCCUUGAGGAA